AUGUCUGGCCUCAAAUAUUCAUCCACUCAGGCAGCUCUACACUACCAAUUGUUGAAGAAACUUCACGAGGACUUCCCGGGCGACGUCGGGUGCUGGGCGGUGUACUUCCUGAACUACAUGCAGCUGCAGCCCGAGGCCAUAUUCCUCAAGCCGAACCUGCCCCACGCUUAUCUCAGCGGAGAUUGCAUCGAAUGCAUGGCGUGUUCGGACAACAUCGUCCGCGCGGGCCUCACGCCCAAGUACAUCGACGUGCCGACACUGGUGGAGAUGCUGGACUACAGCAGCUACGCUAAAGCCCAGCUGAUGUUCAACCCGACGCUGGAGGACUCUCACAGCUGCAUCUGGCGGCCGCCGGUGCCUGAUUUUGCCGUCAUCAAGAUUAGGUAA